GUAGUUCCGGUGGUUUCUCAGCGGAGCGGAGCACAGAGACCCGGGAUCUGCAUGUCGUUGAGCGCAAAUGCGAAUUGCGGGUCGAGUCCGUCCGUCAUGACUUUCGAAUGACCACAGCAGCGGUCAGUUUGACGCCGGCAGAGCACCGUGCAUGCAGCCGGAGUGACAGCGCCAAGGCUUUUGUCUCCGAGGGGGAUUUUCAAGUGCAGAAUAGGCGUGUGGAGCUUCUGAACCAGAGUAACGUUACAAAAGAAAAUUGAGCCGGUUCGUAUUCACCUACGACGCAGCGGCCAUCGCACUGGCUAAAUGAAGAACUUGUGAACAUGCACGAGAGAAGGACUCUACCUUUCACUUUGGUUACUUCCCCAGAUGCUUUGGCCCAAAGAAAGAUGGAAAGGAAUGGGAAGAUGUGCUUUCUGCUCCAGCAAAAGGAGAUGAAAAGGCGUAGUAAACAAACCUCCUGCUCUUCCAGACUUGAGCCAAGGCUUCUGCACAGCACCCAUUCAGUGAACCAACAGGAGAUCCUCCAUACGCCACGUCGCUGAGCCUCUCACCCUUUCCUUUUGACCCCUCGGACUACAAGCACCAUGACCUCUGAGCUGGAGAGCAGCCUGACCUCAAUGGACUGGCUCCCCCAGCUCAACAUGAGGGCAGCCAUACAGAAGGCAGAUGCGGGACACCACCACGGCCACCACCAUGGCCACCACCACCACGGUCACCAUCAUGGGCACGGGCCUGGCAAGAAAAUUGCCCAUCUGGACGCCGGAACAACGCUGGACCAGGAGGAAGCUGCACAGCACAGAGACGGUAAACCGCCCUACAGCUACGCCAGCCUGAUCACCUUUGCAAUCAACGGCUCGCCACGCAAACGGAUGACCCUCAGUGAGAUCUACCAGUGGAUCUGUGACAACUUCCCCUACUACCGAGAGGCAGGCAGCGGCUGGAAGAAUUCUAUACGACACAACCUGUCCUUGAACAAGUGUUUUCUCAAAGUGCCUCGCUCCAAAGACGACCCUGGAAAAGGUUCGUACUGGGCCAUAGACACCAAUCCUAAAGAAGACACAGUACCCAGUAGACCAAAGAAGAGACCACGCUCUGGAGAAAGGGCAUCAACUCCUUACAGCCUGGAGUCAGAGUCUCUGAGAAUGGAUUGCAUUAUGUCAGGAGGGGCAUCCCCCACUCUGGCCAUCAAUGCUGUAACCAACAAGGUAGCACUGUACAACCCCGAGGCAGAAGGCAGUGAGAGUCCUGGGAGUCUGGGCAGCCUGAGCAACAGUCUUUCAGAGCAGAGUUUGACAUCCGUCAACCUUAACAACCUGAACACCGCUGUCAGCAGCGGCAGCAACGUACACAGCUACACACCAGGAAGUAGCCACUCAGAGCCUUCGUCCCAGUCCCUGAGCCUCCAGCAGCCCGCCCAGCCGCCGCCGCCUCCCCCGCCACAGCCCCAGUACGGUUUGCCUGUCCCGGAGUCGUGGGACAAGCAGCUCUGUUUCUCAAACUUUGAGGACCUAAGCGCUUCUUUCCGCAGUCUUUACAAAUGCGUAUUCGAGCAGUCCUUCUCACAGCAAGGUUUGAUGGGUAUGCCUGGCGAUUCCAGCCAGCAGGCCCGGACCGCCUGCUCCUACCAGCACUCUCCUGGUGCGGGAAAUGGCGGCAGCCACCACCAUCAACACAACCACGGCCAGGUGUCGCACCACCCUCAUCACCCUCAGCAGCACCUCUCCCCUCACUCAACCCACAGUCAGCACCAGGCGCGCGGUCAGCAUGGCCAGCACCAACAGCACCCGGCUCAUUCCCAGCAGCACCCUUCUCUCUCCCGCCAGAAUCACACUGGACAGACCUGCCCCACAACAGACUGGUACCCCAACCUGGACUGGCUGAAGGAGAGCUGCCGCAUUGCUACCAGCUACAACUGGGCUGAUGUAGACCUCUCCCCAUUUCAAGGUCUGAAGGAGAGCAUGCAGCAGGCUGAGCUCAACAACUGGUCGCUGGACGCCGCCCAGAUGGCCGACCUGUGCUCCUCUAUUAACCAGUUCUUUACCGCCACGGGGGUCAUCCCCCCGCAGGGUGCUGCCCACCCACAACCUCAGGUUCAACACCCGACGCCACCAGGAGCACCGCAGCAUCCGGCUCAGCCACAUGGAGCCAUGCACCCAAAGGCCAGCCUGCACAAUCAGCACGGGCAACACAACCAACAUAACCAACACAUCAGCACGGGGAACAUGUACAUAGACUCGAGACAGAGCAUUUCCUCUCUGAUGGGCCCACCAGGAUACCCUCACAUGCCUCCCAUGAGCAACACGGCUCCCACCAUGACAGGUGACUCCUCCAUCGCUCUCUUAACAGGUCAUCUCAGCCAGCUGAGCCAGCAGCAACAACACAGGCUGCCUCUGGGACACUUCCAGGUGAGACGCAUGCUCGCAGCAGACGACAUCCAGGACGACUUUGACUGGGACUCCAUUGUCUAAACUGAGCCGUUGGUGGAAUAGUGGGAUGAAGAGAGAGACUGGAGAUGAGAGAGAGAGAGAGAGAGAGAGACAGGUGAUGACAGAUGAGGUAUGGAACUAGCUGGAGCUCCUUUCACCUGUGUGGAAAAAACAGACAAUCCAACAGAAAACAAAUGGAAAGUCAUUUUGUCAUUUUGUCAUUUUGUCAUUUUUCUGAUCUUGCUGGCCUUUUUUCCCCCUGAUACAAAUAGAUAGUCUAAAGACAAUCAUAUUAAAUGAGACUUACAUUGGAUUGGACCAAGCCGAGAUGUAAACAUAUCGUCCAGAGCAAAAUGAUGUCUGAUGCUCUCUAAAUUGUCUAAUGUUGUGUCAACAGGGUUACAAGUUGCCAAAAUGUUUGUCAAAUUGUCUGUGAAAUUCUAGUGAUUUUUUUAGUUUUCUAUUGGUUUUCUUAAAUCUUUUGUGUUUCCUUCUACGACAUGUGUCCCUUGUGUGCAAAGUUCCAGCACCUUUGCCUGAAAUGAAUAGAAAACCGUGUCUUCUCCAAACUUCCUGCAGAGCAACAUCUUUUACACACAUUCAACAAACUACUCUCUUUGUUCACUCUAACUCUUGACAUCUGUGUGGCUGUGGCUUUUACUAAGUAACUACAGUUAGAAGGAGGAUUUAUGAAGAAGAAAGUAAUGGCAGGGUACCUGUUUAACUUGAAUCAGCAGUAGGUGCGUGAAGCACCACCUGCUGGUUAAAACAGGCACCAUCAUAGCUUCUUUUAAAAAAACAUUAAAAGAAUUGCACCACAAUCUGUUCAUUCUUUAUGUUUGGCCUGUCACAUUGGGCAACAAUCCUAAACCUCUAUUUUAUCAUUUUAAAUGUUGUUAUUGUGUGUGUGGAACAGUCCAUGGUGCCAUGUUCUCAGGGUGUUACAUUCAUAUCCCAUGCCAGACCAACACAAAGCUAUUUACAUCUCUGUACAUGUACGUGAGGUCACUGCGUGUUGUUCGGUGCUGUCAGUGUACACUUCCUGUUGGCGGACAGCGAGCCUCCUGGUGACUGUGGUCCAAAUUUUAAAUCUUCUUUGUCAGCUUAUAAGCUAAGCUAGAACACACUGUGGAAUAAGCUUUUUAGUAGCUCAAAGCAACAGCCACCAAUUAAGACGAAAAUGAGACGGCUAGACUUGGACUUUGUCAACAGUAAUACAUAAUUUUCUGAGAUAUAAUUCUGUUUUAUUUUCCAAUUUUGGGAAAGUGCAUAUCAAUUAUGACCAGGCAGAGAAGGGUCGGCCGUGAUUUUAAGAUGCCUCAUUUAGAAGACGACGAGCAGUUUUUGCACAACACCAAACUUGAUAGCAUCUAGUGAAUGAGAGAAAUAAAAGAAAACCGUGAACAUUUUAUUUCUUUGUUUCAAAAGACAUUUAAAAAAGAUCUAUCAUCAAAGGAGCAAAUAAUAAACAAAUGUUUUAAAUGCUCAACUUUUCUUACUGUGAUGUUUAAAUUUGUCUGUGUGUACAAGUGUGUAUAGUCCUCUCUGAAUUCCUUUAGCAUUCAGCUCAAAAAAUACACAUAAGAAACAAGUAAUUUGUUUGUAUUAAGUGGGUACAAAGUGAAAUAUGGGACCUUGAAGUGCUCUUUCGUUUGGAAGAUCUCAGUGAUUGUUCAAAUGGUCUAAACAAGGUCUCAUUGUUAAAAAAAAAUAGAAAGAAAGAAAAAUACUCUUUAUUAUUACGAUUAAAUGCUGUAUUACAGUGACCAGCAUAUAUACUGUAUAUUGUAUGUUUGUGUGUUGUUGUGUCCAUGUAAAUAAUGCAAUGUUACUCCUAUGUUUGCCCUUGAAAAACACAGACUGAAAAGAGAAAACAGCAAAUGGAGAGACAGUAUUUUGUUAUUUGUCCUUGAGGAGACACAGUAUGUACAUAUUCAGUUUAUUGUAAAUAGUUGAUGAAAAAAAUUGGCGUUGGCGUUUUUGUGUGUUUUAAAUAAUCUGUGUAUGGCAGUUCAACAGUUAAGAUCUAUUUCAGUGUUUAUUAAAAUGUCAUUGACCAUUUUUACUGCA